CCUAAUAAACUAGCUUGUUACGUCAGUGGCUCACAUGGACACUAGUGCGUCGUCGUCGUCGUCGCCGCCGCCGUCUAGCUUUGCGGCGGCGGUGGCGGCGCUGCUGCUGCUGCUGCUUCUUCCGGCGCUGUCGUCGGGCGGCGACGACUGGCAGCAGUGGCAGGACGCGCACGCCACGUUCUACGGCGACGAAACCGGAGCAGAGACCAUGCAGGGCGCGUGCGGCUACGGCGACCUGUUCCAGCAGGGGUACGGGCUGGAGACGACGGCGCUGAGCGUGGCGCUCUUCAACGAGGGCUGGUCCUGCGGCGGCUGCUACGAGGUGCGUUGCCAGGGCAGCGCGUACUGCGCUUCGGGAUCGGCGGUGACGGUGACGGCGACCAACCUGUGCCCCGCCAACUACUCCAAGCCGAGCGGGAACUGGUGCAACCCGCCGCAGCGGCACUUCGACCUGUCCAAGCCCAUGUUCCUGCGCCUGGUCACCGACUUCCGCGUGGGCAUCGUGCCCGUGCGGUACCGCCGCGUGGCGUGCGGCGGCCGGCGCGGCGGCGUGCGGUUCGAGAUGCGGGGCAACCGGUGGUGGGUGGCCGUGCUGGUGUUCAACGUCGCGGGGGCCGGGGAAGUCAGGGCCGUCGCCGCCCGCCGGGACGACGACGACAGCGGCGGCGCGCGGCAGGGGCAGUACUACUGGGCCGACAUGGCCCGCAGCUGGGGCCAGGUGUGGACGACCGGGGACGGCAGCUGGAGCGUCGGCCAGGGCCUGUCGUUCCGCGUCGUCGCCGGCGACGGCCGCGCCCUCGUAAUCGAUGGCGCCGUCCCUCCCGGCUGGGCCUUCGGCCAGAGCUUCGAGGGCAAGGGCCAGUUCUGAUUCGUUUCUGGCAGAACCGGCCGGCCGGGAAGAAUACACAGCAUCCCAGGUUAUGCAUGGAGGUCGCACACGUACGCGCCGCGCGCUACAGCUACUGCCCCAUAACUCCAUGUCUCCAUGCAUGCCGUUGCUAACUGCUGAGUUCCUUCGACCAUGCAUGCCAUUGCCAUUGUUGUUGUUUCGGUACGUUCAGAGCUCACAGGCGCUGACAAAUCGCGAAAGGAUCUGUCCGACGAUCGAGCGGCGUAAAUGACGGCCCGAUUAUUCGCCAAAUUGAUACGCAAGCGUGUGACCGACCUGUGAUCUCGAUCGAUGGAUGAUGAGCAGCAGAGAUAGGCUUUCUUGCUCGGUGUAGUACGUAUGUAGUUGCGUGCAAUCAUCAACCGUCCAAU